UGUAACCAUGGAUACCACUAUCACGUGCUGCUUGAGACAAGCAUCAGUUUUUCCUGCUGUGGCAUAUUGGUAGCAACAUUUUUACGAAACACAAAUGUAGUUAUCAGACAGACUUUUAGACGGUUACGCUGUCUCGUAAAAUUAGCAUUAAAAACGACAAGCUUCCGGUCGCUUUUCAUACUCUAUGGUAACUAGCUACACAACCGACUGUCCAGGCAAUGAUAGAUCUUCUGCUGUAUGAUCCGUUGUUGUGUUUAUGGCUUUGAAAAGUGCCACACGCUGUUUCAAGAGAUAUAUGCACCAUUUACUACGACAAAACACAAAUAUAGAUGAUCAGACACGUUAAUUAUGAAUCUGGGAGAUGGCCUGCUGUUUGAGUUCGAAAAUGGAAAGCCCAAGCUGAUUUUUACCAGCCACGGGUUUGAAUCAAAGACAUCAAAUAGAAUAAGCAAGAAUCCCCCAAGAAACAGACCUCCGAAAGUCCCUAAAGAGCCUCCACAUGAGCGGCCCCAGAAGACUCAAGCAAAGGGCCCGGGCACAUGGAAGACCACCUCUGAUACCACCACUGCUAGUCUGGACACCCUUGCAGUGCUUAAUGGCCCCGGGAAAACUAAAGCCAAAAGGGUGGAGAGAGUGCUAUCAGCUAAGAGGUCUGUUUCUCACAAGACCAAAACUGCACAUGAAAUCAUCAGAGCCCCAAAGAAGAAUCCCCAGGAGAGCCUGGUGUGUCUGACCCAAGAUCAGCUAGAGCAGAUCAUUAGCAGCAUAACCAAAACCCCCUGUCCAGGAGAACAAGAUGAGGCUCACUCAAAAACACAGAGAGUAACAGAAGACCCCAGAGAGGAUGGAGUAGCUAUUUCAAGAGAAACUCAUGAGGCACUCAUUUCAGACGGAAACAUUCGUAAGAACGGGAGUGGACAGCAAAAACAGAAGGACAAUAGAGCCCUCUUCAAUGGUGGAGGUGCUGGCCUCUUCAGUGGCCUGGGAGAGAGGGAGCGGGAGAGAGAAGCUCUGGAGGCCAGGAGAGCACAGUGGCGCAGAGCGUUAGAUGAGCAGUGUGUUGAAAAACAGCAGGAGCAAGCGAGUGCCGAGGCUACACUACCUGGAGGACCAUGGCAAAUGGCCGCUAAAUCCAGCUCCAGGGAUGCACAGCUCAGGGAGAAGUUGCGUGUACCCUCGGGUAUGGGAGAUCCACUCAGCCGGGGAUCAGCCUUCAGCAGCCAAAGGGACCUACCGUCUGCCAUUCGUUCCGCAUUUGUCCUGGGGGAGGCGGCUCCUUCAGACGAGGCCUUCAGAGCAGACAAUAAGGAACAGCAGAGGCUCUGGCUGCAGGAGCUGGAUCAGCAGAGGCAGGACGACCAGCGGAGACGCAAGCAGGAGAAACUACACCAUAACCAGGCAGAGGACCAUGAUCGCUGGGCGAUGCACUUUGACUCACAUAAGAGUCUCCUGCCCCAGCCCCCAGUUCUGCCUUGUAACAAGGGAGAGGCAGAUCUUUGCAGCUCCCGCUCACGCCACCAUUCUCCGUCGGGAACCAUGUCCAGUGGCUGGGAGGCCAUAAGCGUGUCUGGAAGAGACAGCCAAAGCAGGGCCAGUGCGGACACAACCACUGGAAGCAACCCCCCGAAAGCCAGCCACCUGCGCACUAUGACUGCUCUUUUGGACCCUGCGCAGAUAGACGACAGAGAACGGACGCGCCUCAAACAGUUAGAGCACCAGCGAGCCAUCAACACUCAGGUGGAGGAGAGGAGGAGGCAGAGGGAGAAGGAGCAAUUAGAACUAAAACGACAGGAACAGGAGGAAGAGAAGAGAGUGGCGAAAGAGAGAGAACAUCUUCAACAGCAGUACCUACGUGAUACCCAGAGAGGGAAAGACAAAGAGGAGCUGCUCAGCCGUAGGGCAGAGGAGAUGUUACUAAGUGUGCAGCGUGCACAGGAGGAAGCCCAGAAGGACAAGCAGCUCCAACGUAUCCGCGAUUUGGCAAGGAAAGGCCACGAUGUGUCCAAGCUGCUGGGGAGUCUGGAGAGAAGGUCCACUGACUCUGUGCGAGCUCUCGGCUUAGAGUCUCGAAGUCCAACUGGUAGCCUGUCUCUUGCUCUGAGAGUUGAGGAACUCAGCCCAGCCUCUCCCAGACGAGAAACAGGUGUGCAGACAGACAUGGAUGGUGGAAUAUCCGAUGCAAUACCCCACUGUGACUACCCUGUCCCUAUGCUGGGCGUGGCCGUGGAGCACUAUCCUACUCUUCCAUCCCAGCCCAGAAGGUCUCGACAGGAGACCCAGCUGCAGCAGCAGAGCUCAGGGAAGGAGAACAUGUGGAAUGCCGCAGCAGCGGUGGAGCCUCCAGAGGAAGCUAGAGAGAGCCACCUGUACGAGCAGUUCAGACGCACCAACCACAGGGCUGUGCCCGCCGUCAGUGGGAAGCGCCCGGACUGGAACAUGCGCCAGCCCAACAGGCCAUUUGUGCCCGCCUCGGAGCGGUACCCAGCGGGCCUGCGUCUGCACCGGCAGGAGAGCCGCCUGCGCAGGCAGAUGGAGCUGCUGACCUUAGUGGAGAGGAACGCGUGCUCCAGAACCCCAGCUCCAUGUCCACAGGAACCUGCACCCGGCACCUCUCUACACAUGAAGGAUGAAACCUCUGAUCAGCCCAAAUUCUACUCCACGGGGGCACACGCUGAUAGUAGGGUGUGCUCUCCCCCCAUUCCAAGCCUUGAACUCAACCAACAGCAGCAGCAGCAGCCCAAAGAGCGAUCAGAAGGCUCUUCUGAUGGCCUCCCUUCAGACUAUGUGCCCUAUGUGCGCACAGACGAGGUCUACCACCUGGACCCCCUGGCUAUGCCACAGACACAGGAGCCUCAGAAGAAGCCGCAAACAGGUGUGGGUGGCAGCAGACAGAGCGCCCCUGCGGCCGGGCGAGACCCCCUGCUGCACCCAGAGCUGCUGAAGAACCGGGACCGGCAGCAGGCCAUCCUCAAGGGCCUCUCGGAGCUCAGACAGGGUCUCCUGCAGAAGCAGAGGGAAUUGGAGACGGGUCUGAAUCCUUUGCUGCCGGGUCAAGGCCCAAACAUGGCCGCCCCCUUUUAGCACAGACUCCUCUGCUCUUCAGGGGAUCAACAAGCACUUUAAACAGGACAAACCAACAAAUUGAAGAAUUUACUAUAUUGAUCAGUACUAACAAAAAUGCAUUUGCACUUUUGCUCUCAACCUGUGGUCAUAAGGCUGCUGUAAUUGCUACUGAAUGUGUCUUUUCUAUAUAUUUGGAUGAAAUGUUCUUGUGGUACUCAUCUGGGAUCAUCUCGCAUUGUCUACGAUUUUUCUGUUGAACAGAAUAUUUGGACUUCCAACCAGAAAUGUGUUGUCUGAUUAGACUUGAACUUGAAGUUUUGAUGUGAAAUAAAGUAUUUUAACAGUA